UAACCGUGACCGUAUACCGAACCUCUUACUGGCAAAAGUUCUCUGUAUACGAACUGAUGGAUGUCACAUUCCUAUCGUUCCAAAUUCGAAAACAAUCUCCUUUCGGUGCCUGACGAACCCUGAAUCCGCUAGUCGUGCAGCAUGUCAUUCCAUGCGCACUUGCCGGUCCGCUUCCGUCGUUGGAUACUGUACGCCUUUGCCUUCUCAUCGGUUUCGCUCGCGGGUGGUCUCGUGUACGGAUGGCCCGCACUUCGACAGCAGUUGAAAAGGGACGGAUCCGUCCUUUCGGAAAAACAGUUGGGAGCGGCCUUUACGGCAGGGGCCUGGAGUACCCAAGGAUGUCGCUUCUUGACGGGAAUCGCCCGCGAUCGCUUCGGUACCAAGAUUGUCACAAUAUUGGCCUUUGGCGCCACCGCCAUGGGAGCCUUGGGGAUGGCUCUGGUGGAUCCGAAUCAAGGUCCAGCGAUAUCGAUCGCACUCGCAGUCAUGGGAUUGGGAUCCGGGGUGCAGUUGUGUUUGCAACCGGUGGCUUCGCUCUUUCCAUCCAACGCCGGUGCCGUACUGGCAUCUCUUUCCGGAGCCUUUCAAGUAUCCGGUCUCGUCUUUUUAGGUUUGACCUCGGCAGGAGCGUCGCGUAAGGCAACCUUUGGUGGAUUCUGUGCCGUCAUGUUGGGAAUGGCCCUCCUUGCGGCACUUUUGUUGCCCACGGGAACGUCUUACCUUUUGGAAUCGAAAUCCGCAAACCCGGCAACGAGCGCCAAUUCCGAAACGGAUCCCACGUUCGUGUCGACAUCGGAACCGCAACUACCCACGGUCGUGGAAGAUACCGAGUCGGAUCCAGCAUCACCACAGGGAAAGAAUACAGGAGUUGUCAACAGAAUACAGAGCAAUCCCAGCACCAAAUGCAACACCACAGCAGAUGUCGAGGACACUUCGAGCGCUUUGAACCAGCUCGACAACAAACCCAUUGAAGAGGAUGUGUCGGUGUGGGAACUUAUGUGGUCCACGGAAUAUAUACUCUUGGUGUGUUGGUUUUCCGUCCUCGUGGUGCCGCUGCAGUACUACAUCGGGGGACUGGGCUUUCAACUAGAGGACAAGGGAGAUGAUGACGGAUUCUAUACCGAUUUAUUCUCCAUUCUUUACGCCAGUGCGGCGGUUGUGUCACCAGCCGCUGGAUUUUUAGCCGACAAGCUUGGACUAGGGUGGGCCGAGCUUCUCUCUAGUUUACUGUGCAGUGUAUCCUUUUUUGUACUCGCCGGCGACGCCAAUCUGGAUGUACAAGUCAUUGGCCUCGCAGCGAACGGUCUCGGGCGCAUGCUCGUCUUUUCCAUGUUCUUCUCGCAUGUUGGCAAACGCUUCGGAUACAAGUCGUUUGGUACCUUGGCUGGUCUAGGACUGCUCAUUAGUGCAAUUGCUUCAUUGUUGCAGUACCCGAUUAUUGCCGCCGCAUCGGACGGCCACGCAAGGUUGGUAAAUUUGAUUUGCGGCGUUGUGCUAGUCACAUUCACACCACCCUACUGCGUGUGGUUACACCGCACCAUUCAACGAGAAGAGUCACUGCCCAAAGAUAACGAAGACGUGGAUGACUGUCAAGGCGACUCAGCGAACGGAUUAGCCGUCACAUCGUCCCGACAUUUGAACAAACGAGCGACGGCAAUUGGGGACGAUUCCGACGGUUCUGCAUCGUCUCAGUCCCAGUAA